UCAGAGAUGAGGAACAAAAGAAAGCGCUUCCAAAUGUCGCCGCCCCAUUCACAUUCACAAGAUUCUUAUCUUACCAAAAUUUUCAACUUAAAAGUAACGACCUGAUGGCCGAUGGAUUAGGAAACUUGCGAUUGUCGAUAACAUAUUUGAAUUUUGAAUAAAUACAAAUAAGUGUUCGAUGAUAUCGAUGCGGAAGGGAUGAGAAGUGGGUGGGAUUAGGCGACGCAGAUACAACCAUAAUUGAUUUUCUUUUGAAUUUGACUAAUUCUUUAUCCAGUUGAAGUCAUCAUCGGAUAAACCCACCCGUUUCGGUUUCCUAAGAAGAGAAAAUUCACUGAAGGAAGGGAAAAAAAAUGUCUGACGAGGAAGUGUUCGUCGGCGCCGUCGAUCAGGGAACCACCAGCACCCGAUUCAUCAUCUACGACCGGCGGGCCCGGCCGAUUGGCUCUCACCAGGUCGAGUUCACUCAGUUCUGCCCACAAGCAGGAUGGGUGGAGCACGAUCCGAUGGAGAUUCUGGAGAGCGUGAGAGUGUGCAUCACGAAGGCGAUAGACAAGGCGACCGCCGACGGGUACAACGUCGACAGCGGGCUGAAGGCCGUAGGGCUGACGAACCAGAGAGAGACCACCGUGGUUUGGAGCAAGUCCACCGGCAGGUGUCUCUACAACGCCAUUGUUUGGAUGGACGGUCGCACCAGUUCCAUUUGCAGGAAAUUAGAGGCAGAAUUACCAGGUGGAAGAACCCAUUUUGUUGAGACAUGCGGUUUGCCGAUAAGCACUUACUUCAGCGCUCUGAAGCUGCUAUGGUUAUUGGAAAAUAUUGACGAUGUUAAAGCGGCUGUGGAGAAGAAGGAUGCCCUGUUUGGAACUGUAGACUCCUGGUUGAUUUGGAAUUUGACUGGAGGAGUAAAUGGAGGUUUACAUGUCACCGAUGUUUCGAAUGCGUCAAGAACAAUGCUUAUGGAUCUUAAAACACUUGAUUGGGAUAAAUCCACACUGGAAACCCUCAGAAUUCCAGCUGAAAUUUUGCCCAAAAUUGUUAGCAACUCGGAGGUUAUAGGAAAAAUAUCAACCGGGUGGCCAAUUCCUGGGAUCCCAAUUGCCGGAUGCCUUGGGGAUCAACAUGCCGCUAUGCUGGGGCAAUCUUGCAGGAAAGGCGAAGCAAAAAGUACUUAUGGAACCGGGGCUUUCAUUCUACUAAACACUGGUGAAGAAAUAAUUCAGUCUAAACACGGUCUAUUGAGCACCUUAGCUUUUAAACUCGGUCCAGAUGCCCCGGCAAAUUAUGCUCUUGAGGGCUCAAUUGCCAUAGCGGGAGCUGCUGUCCAGUGGCUUAGGGACAGCCUUGGGAUAAUUAGGACUGCAAGUGAGAUUGAAGAUUUGGCAUCUCUAGUUGACUCCACCGGUGGGGUUUAUUUUGUACCGGCAUUCAAUGGAUUGUUUGCUCCUUGGUGGCGUGAUGAUGCCCGUGGAGUUUGUAUAGGGAUAACGAGGUUUACAAACAGGUGUCACAUAGCUCGGGCGGUGCUGGAGAGUAUGUGUUUCCAGGUGAAAGAUGUGUUGGAUUCUAUGCACAAGGAUGCAGGUGAGAAGGGUGAGGUGAAAAAUGAGAGCGGAGAAUUUUUGCUUAGGGUGGAUGGUGGUGCCACCGUCAACAACCUUUUGAUGCAAAUUCAGGCAGACUUGUUGGGUAGCCCCGUGGUAAGACCAGCCGACAUAGAAACAACUGCCAUCGGGGCAGCCUAUGCAGCUGGCUUGGCCGUUAAGUUAUGGACAGAAGAGACGAUUUUCUCUUCCGGGGAAAAGAUGGAGAAAGCCGCCAUUUUCCGGCCAACAUUGCAGGAAGAAGUGAGGAAGAAGAAGGUGGACUCUUGGUGCAAAGCUGUUUCCAGGGCAUUUGACUUGGCUGAUCUAGCUCUCUAAUUGGAUCUUCUACAGCAUGUUCUUAAUUUUUCCCUCAAUCUGAUUUGCUGUUUUAUCCUUUAUUUUCCCCUUUAGUUUGCUUGGAAAAAUCUGUGAAUUAUAAACACCUUAGUUCGUUCAGUGUUGAAGUUUAAAUCACAAAUAAAUGAUGAUUUUAUUGGCACCA